AUGACUUCCGUCUGUAUAUAUGCACUUGUAUUCUUGUGCAUAUCACUCGGGGUUUCUCCGAGCGUUGCACAAUUACUUGGCGGAGGCCUUUUGCCAGGUUCAGGACCGGGUCAGGUUGAUAACGGACUUUUUCCUGAUAUUUCCAAAUGCAUAGCAUCAGUGUUAAAUGUUCCUGGAUGUGUUGAAGAAAUUUUAACAUCUUUCCUAAGUAUUCGAUUUCGAUUAAUUGGUCCUCAAUGUUGCAAAGCUGCAUUAGACAUUGAGGAAAGUUGCUGGCCUAAGAUUUUUCCUUUGAGUUCUCUUUUCCCUUUAACACUUAGGAGUUUUUGCUCCAUACAAGGUUCAUUACCACCAACAUUCCCUCCUCCUCAAGUUCCAAUAGUUGCUAGUGUGAAGACUGUCAAAGAAAAGAACUAA